GGGAGUAACGGGUGGAAGAAACAAAACUAGUACAACUAGUAGCAGAACAGUCCGCUUGUAAUGCUUUUCAUAAAAAAUAAUAAUAAUUCUGUCUUUAAAGUUGACAUUAUAAAAAACAAACACUAAUCAUGCAACACUGAAGCGGAUUUCUUUUUCAUUCAUUUGAAGUCAGAUCAGGUACGUCGUACUCUUGAGCAGGAUGAAAAUGAAGGCGUUCUAUCUGGAUAAGUGUGACUUGCUGAUGUUCUGGUUCAUCUCUCUGAUAACCCUGUGCAGAUGUGUAUCCAGCACACCAAGGGACCAUGUCAUGCUUCUGAAUCCUCCAAAAGAGCUUGUGUCUGCACACUCCCUCCAAGUCCAGUAUUCCUGUUCCAGAUCUGCUGUCGUCUACCUGGAUGUGCUGGCUUCUUCAGAAACCAGGAUCGGCGUCAACAUCUUCAGACGGCGAUGGCGCUGUGUGGAGGAUCACCAUCCCAGGAUCAAGGUCCUCCGGCUGGAUCUGCCUGACCGGAUUAUCUACCGGGAUGACUGGAAAAUCAGGAAUUCGGUGUGGCUGCUGAGCGCCAUGCUCCGAGCCUGGAUCUCCGGUGAUGAUGAUGAGUCGUACACCAGCGCCUCAGCCAGGGCGAUUGUCCUUCUCCAGCCCCUGCCCCCGUUCAGCCGCCCAUUGAAAGAGCACAGCCUUUGCCCGCGCUGGGAUGUUGAGCUGCUCUGGAGGCUCCACAAGAAUACCAUCCCAAAAUGCAAAGCAGAGCCAGAGGUUGCCCAUUUCCUGAAGUUUGUUUACGCCUCAUCCGGAGAGAACUUUGGGAUUGUGAGGACACUAGAUCCCUAUGCGAACAAGGCUCUGGAGCAAAUGAGGCAAAGAUCUACCACAUUUCCAAGGUGUACCUUCUCCACGUGGCUAUACCUGACCCAGCCCUGUAGGUGGCGCUUCUGUGGGGUUCUGCACCACCUGGACUGGAACAAUAACUACGCCAGUCCUGCCAUCUUCAUCACUCACACAGGGUCGGUCCACAUUCAGGUGCAGCAAGUCUCUGGGAAAGCUGGCGCUGUUCUUAGUGAGUUCAAGGUGCCCCUGUUCCAGUGGUGUCGCAUUGACACGGAGCUCCAAGCCAAGCAGGUCAAUGUCACUAUGGUGUGUGUAGGAGAUCAAAAAACACUUCACAGCACGGUUCACACGUUUGGUGGGGUUAUCCAGCUGGACGACACAGAAGGCUAUUUUGUGCUGGGAGGAGGGCAGUUUGUCCGGGGGAUCGAGGGGUUUUACGGCCCAUCUGUCUACCAUCGCAACGGGUUCUCUUCUGCCCAUCAGCUGUCUGACCUCAGCCUCCCUGAGCCUAUCAGAUCUCUGGAUUUCGCGGGCUGGUUUAACUCCUGCUGGGCGUUUAAAGAUGAGCUCUUACAGAAGGGGAGGGGCUAUGCGAUGAGAGCCCGGCUGGAGAGAGAGGCUGCCAGCUGUAGUAAUACGUACACAGAAUGGUUUACCAGGAGUGAUCCAGCCCCUCCACUACAACAGUGUUUCCAGUGGGAGGUGCCAGUUCACCCUCGACAACGCCCAGUCACCAGGCUCAUACAGCAAAUGGCAGCCAGAAGUGGGGAGACAGGUCAUCUGGACCUGGUGGGGAAGAAACUGUACGCUCUGUUCCUGAGGAGAGUGACACAGAAGGGAGGGAUAGCCAAGGUUAGGCCCAUGAUGCCACUUCUGUUACAGGCUGGGUGUCUCGGGGACCACAGUGCCCUCUACCUCUCAGCAGUCCUUUAUCACACUGGUUUUGGAGUCAACAAAACACCUAGCAAGGCUCUGCUGCUGUCUCUCCUGGCAGCCCAGCAGGACUCCCGCCUGGCUCUGCUGCGUCUCGGGAACCUGCACCACUUGGGGGAGUCUGGCCUUCCUGUUGACCAUGCCCUUGCCUAUGCCUACUACUCCAACAUAGCGGCACAGACCUUGAUAGACAAGCAGCACCCCAGCCUAGGACAGGCGUAUGUGGAGUCGAUUCGUCUGAUCGACGAGGAGGUCUUGAAGCAACAGACCAACGAGAAUGGCGACCUCUUCCUGUGGCUCAGGUUUCAGGCGCGGAGAGGCGUGGCAGGUGCCCAGCAAAAUCUGGGGCGGAUGCUGUUUUGGGGUCAACAAGGGGUGUCCCCGAAUCUGCAGGCAGCUGUGAAAUACUAUGAGGCAGGAGCGAGAAAGGAAGAAGACCCUGUGUCCAUGUAUGACUAUGCCAUCGUCCUUCUCAAGGGACAUGGAGUGCAGCAGGAUAUCCCAAAGGCUCUGAAAUUCCUUAACAAAGCAGCAAAGCAGGAUUUCGUCCCUGCGAUCAACGCCCUGGGCUGGUACUACGAGCGCUUCGAGCAGGAUUACGAGAGGGCGGUGCAAUUUUGGGAGAGGGCUGACGAGAUGGGGGACCCUGAGGCACCCUUCAACCUAGGGGUCAUGUACUCCCUGGGGCUGUAUCCAGGGAAAGGUGCUGACAAGUUUAUGGCUUACAAAUAUUACCUGAAGUCUGCCGGGAGAGCACACACAGACGGGGCAAUCCGGCUGGCUGACAUGUGGAUUCAAGGCAUUCCUGGUCUGGUACCCCGGCUGCCUCUGGACGCUGUGCUGUGGACCAAGUGGGUGUCGGAGCAGAAUGGUUACCUGGGAGCUCUGCUGAGGAAGUCCCUCGAAGCCUACCUUCGCCAGGACUGGUCUUCAGCCCUGAUUCAUUACCUGAUGGCCUCCGAGUCUGGCUUUGCUGUGGCACAGUUCAACCUGGGGUACUUGUGUGAGCAUUACGCGGACAGCCUCCUAAGUCCAGCCUUCCGUUCUGAGUGUGUCUGGAGAUAUUACAACCUGUCCACUUACAGUCAGGACCCAGCUCCCUAUGCGUUGAUAAAAAUGGGGGAUCUGUUUUAUGCUGGACACAAGCAGAGGAAGAGAGACGUGAAGGCGGCCGCAGAGAUGUACAAACUAGCUGCACUGAGGGAUGAGGCCCAGGGUUGGUAUAGUUUGGGGCUGCUGGUCCAGGAGGGGGUGGAGCUCCCUAGAGCCCUGCUGACAGAGCUGGGCUUGGAGGAGCCCCUCAGAGCUGACAACCACAGCGUCCUCACUGAGCUCUUCCGCAGGUGCAGAGACCAUGAAAAUGCAGAGUCCUACCUGCCCUGCAGUCUGGCUCUACUGAACGCUCAGCUGCAGCUUGUCUUGAGGCACCACAGCGCUGCCCUAAAGUUCAUCAGUGCCAUUGGCAUGGCAAUCGUCUCCAUUCUGACUGUCCUCGUGACCCUGGGAAGGCUGAGGGGGCUGACAUCCCUCAAUGGGCUGAGAGUGUGACCCCCCCCAGCCACCCCCUCACCCCACGAGUGGAGCUGGGGCGCAGGAGGUUUACAAAAGAAAAUUCAUUAUGGAAUGACUGACGCAGAAAACCUUUGUUUUCCCAUUCAAAAUCCUGACUCAAGAGACAAGAAACGCUGUUCAAGGAAGUCGUUCUUGAUGAGCGCGCUGUUCCUCUCUCUGCAAGUGGGUUUAUUCAGGACUCAAAGACAGCGGAUAACGAAGAGUCACGAAUGCAAGUUCAAACUAGUGAACACACAUAUAGAGGGGUCCUCAGAGUCUCAGACUACACCAUGUUUACCAGCCCUGGGUGUGUCAGAAUGACGGACAUUAUCAGUGCAUAAUGGUCAGGCCAUUUUUAAUAUGCACCCUAAAAAUGGAAGCAGCACAGUUUUUACAUUGAGGCAGGUAUAUUCUACUUGGGAAAUUGACACCAUUCCUUUGAAUUAGCAGCUCAAAAUAAUGGAUUUGUAUCUGUUGCCAGUAACACUGAUCAAAUGGAAACAGAAAACAAUACCAAUACUGGGCCACUGUGUCCAAACCAUCAACUGUGCUUCUUGCAGCUCCACUCCCAGCUCAGCUGCUGACUCGCUAGUGUAAGACAAACACAUAACCACUUCGUGCCUCUGUCCAGCCACAGAUUGAAGAUCCUUACCCUUUAACCAACAUGGUGAAAAUUGAGACAGAAAAUAGCAGACUGGUGUAUAGAAUUACAGUCCAAAAACAGGUCUGUGAUCUCCGGUCAGGCUCUCUGCGCAGGUAUUACAGUCGUCAGUCCUGUCACCAGCCUAAUCCACCCACUGAGCACUACAUCCUACAUAGGGCUUUGCAGAACAGAUAUUUUGAGCUUUUCAGCUCUUUUGUUUGCUCUCAUU